AUGUUAAAUAUUUUACAGGAUGUGAGAGAACCAGAAGUUUGCAAACGUUCUUGUAUUUAUUUACAUGAAAUAUACAGAAAUAAGCCUGGAACGUGCCCUAAUACCUCACAUUUGGCCCCCUUCAAUGAAUGCACUGCAAUGUGUCACUUGGAUGGCGACUGUCCUGAAACGAAGAAAUGUUGCGUUGAAGGUUGCAGUAGGCAAUGUUUGAAACCGGAAGGGAAAAAUUUGAAUCUUUUGCCUAUUCCAACCAGUAUUAGUGUUCAGGAACGAAAACGAAAAAGGUCAGUGAUUGUUCGAUGGGUCAUGCAACAGAUGAGUCGUGCUCAGACAAAUUCAAAUGCUAACUUGUAUGUGGUACAGUGGAGAUGGAGUUUACACAAAGAUGGUACUUCAAUGAGUGACUGGCAAACGAUUGUUACGAGAAAUAAAAUGUAUGCAAUUUUGAAGCAUUUACUUGCACCAGGUCGAUAUUAUAUGUUUCGUGUAGCAGCUGUCAAUACAUAUGGUAGUUUAGGAUUCUCGAAAAGCAGUCAACCAUUCAAACUUUCAAAAGAACCUCGAGCACCUGGACAACCACUUCAUUUAACAUUGGAUAACUCAGAAAUUGAUGAACAUAAUUUCUGGAAACAACGAAUCAAAUGGACUCCACCAUCUUCCGAAUUACCAAUUAAAAAUUAUGUCCGAAUAAAUUAG